AUUUGACCAUGGACCAUCCAGAAACCGAUACACCACCUGCAGCCAACCAAAUUCCAGAGGUUGCUACUCCACCUGCACGUACGGGACUGUGCAGCCGCUUUCUGUCAGCCUGGAACUCCAACCCGGUGCAGAUGCGUCUUGUGCUGAUCUCUCUGCUCUUGUACAUGGCUGAUGUUAUCACAGACAUCAUGCUGGCAAAGCAGUAUUAUAGCAAUGGUGAUUAUCACUGGUUUGGCUGGACAAUAGGGUUCGUAAUGGCCCCACCAGCUGUAAUGAACAUUCUAUUAUUAGUGUAUGACAUUGACCUUCUAGAUAUCAAACUGUCACUGAGGAAGUGGGAGAAGUGCCUGUUGAACUUCUCAUGUUUUGCUCUGCCUGUAAUGAAGUAUGUUGAAAUUAUUAAUCUGUUAGAUGGUGGCAAAGAAGUAAAAGAAAGUUUAAAGAAAAACCUCCACCGCUUCCACCUGGUUGAAGUCACGUUGGAAAGCCUCCCUCAGCUGUGUCUGCAAAUUUGCAUCAUUUUCUCCACACAUGAGCAGGUCAGUGUCCUGAAGGUCAUCACCAUGGUGAUAUCACUGCUGGCAGCAGUCAAGGCUGUGGUCACAUAUGUUGGGUUUUGCUUCCCAUGGGACUACACUGGCUGGUGA